CGGUGCCGGGUCAAAAUGGCGGGGUUCCUUCGGCAGAGCGCCUCUGCGUUUGGCGCCAGGUGUCUUCGAGGGCGUUGGAGAAACUUCACAUCGACAAGUGACGGGAGUGACGGGGCGAAAUAUGCAGAACACCGAGAGACGCCGUUGUCACGAUGGACAGUGAGCGGUGAACGACCGGAUCGUGCGCUUGCUUUCCCACAGUACUGGGAUGCUUUCUACAAGAGCAAGGAGAGCGAGGACCCUGGGUCCUUGUACGAUUGGUAUUCAAACAGUGAUGUGCUGCAAGGAGUGCUGUGGAACAAGUUAAGAAGGCUGCAGGCAGGACACCUUGUCCUUCAUGCAGGGUGUGGAACAAGCGCUCUCUCCCUCGCACUUUCCAGCCAUUUUAAGGACAUACGAUUCAUUCAUGCAGACUUCUCGAUGCAGGGGCUAGAGUUGAUGAAGCACCGCCAUCCAGAGUUGAACUGGAUGGCUAUGGACGUUCGGCAGCUCCCGUUCGCUGACAGGAGCUUGGCGGCGGUGGUGGAGAAGGGGACGAUGGACGCGCUCCUGCGGAAGGGAGACGACGCGUGGCUGGACAUGUGCAAGGAAUGCUCCCGCGCGCUCUCUCAGGGAGGUAUUUUCCUUCAGAUUACUGACGAGCCUCCGGAACUUCGACUUCCGCUCCUAGAGCAUCUGAGGGAGUGGCAAGUGAGUUUCAGCGCAGUGGAUGCGAAUGACGACGGGUAUGAGUAUUUCGUAUACUCCUGUGAGAUGCGAUGAGUACUAGUACUGUCUGCCAUCGAUGAUCGGACUUCUGUCUUCCCUCUGUACAAUCUUCAACGCUG